AUGUCGUGAUCCACCAUGGCGGCUGAGGAACCGAAGGCGGCGAUGGAGGGCGAGCUGAUGGAGGAGCCCGACGUGAGUGCGGAGGCGGAGGAGGAGCAGGAGGAGCCUGGAGACGAGGCCGGCCGCAGCAAGAAGCGGGUGGUGCCGGGGAUCGUGUACCUGGGCCACAUCCCGCCUCGAUUCCGGCCCCUGCACGUCCGCAACCUGCUCAGCGCUUACGGCGAGGUCGGACGCGUUUUCUUCCAGGCCGAGGACCGGUUCGUGAAACGCAAAAAGAAGAAGGCAGCGGCGGCCUCAGGGGGAAAGAAGGGAUCCAAGUACAGCAAGGACUACACCGAAGGCUGGGUGGAGUUCCGGGACAAGCGUGUAGCCAAGCGAGUGGCGGCCAGUCUGCACAACACUCCCAUGGGUGCCCGAAGGCGCAGCCCCUUCCGUUAUGAUCUGUGGAACCUCAAGUAUCUGCACCGUUUUACUUGGUCCCAUCUCAGCGAACACCUUGCCUUUGAGCGUCAGGUGCGCAGGCAACGCCUAAGAGUAGAGGUUGCCCAGGCGAAACGGGAGACUGAUUUCUAUCUUCAAAGUGUGGAGCGGGGACAACGUUUCCUUGCUGCUAAUGGAGACCCUGCCCGCCCGAAUGGCUCUUGGACAUUUGCCCAGCGCCCCACUGAACAGGAGCUGAGGGCCCAGAAAGCAGCCCGGCCUGGUGGGCGGGAACGGGCCCGUCUGGCUGCUGCUCAGGACCAGGCACGCUCCAACAGGGGGCUUCUGGCCAGAAUCUUUGGUGCCCCAGCACCUGCGGAGCACAAGGAGAAACAGUCUCUGGUCAAGGAUUCCUGACGUGUAGGAGCUCCUUACAUGUAUUGGGCCUCGUCUACUUCCUGUCCACCUGGUGCCAGGGUGAUAGCAGGCGUGCCCUGCGGAUGGAUGGUUUCAUUUGUUCCUCAGACCAAGAAUAACUGCUGGAGAUUGGGACUUGGAGGUUUUGUGGGCCUCCCUUAUCCAUACUCACCAUGACUUCAUGCUGUCAAGAGGACUACUGUAGAUAGCUGUUUCAUUUUGUUUGUCUCUUCAGUGGAGGGCCUUAACAACCUCAUGUUCAGGUUCCAAGAAUGACCUUUUUUCCCAACUAAAGUGACAUUGGCUAGUCUAUGCAGGCUUUGCACUAUUUAUUGACUACUUAGAACAGCAACAAAUUGUUUUGUAUUUAGUUUACACCAAAAAACUGGAUGUUAGUGGGUUCGGUUUGAGUUGGACACUUCCAAAUAUACUAAAUAGAAAAGAACAAUAAAUUUUCAUGUACUGUGCUUUUAUCUUACAGGUGGGAGUCACUGCCAAGGUCAGGUGGUUGUGUAUGCUGUGCAGUUACCCCUGGCCAGCGCCCCUCGUUUAACCCUCUUUUAACCGUUGCUGUUCUGAUCUCACUGUAGUCCAGGCAGGGCAAUCCUCUUGUCUCAGCAUCCUAAGAAGCUGGGAUUACAGGCCUGUGUCACCAUGGUCAGGUGGAAUAUUUUUCAGGAAACAUGUAACCUCUUCUUGUCUGUAGGAUAAAGUCCUAACUUGAUAGAAUGUUCACAAGCUAGCAACCCUGCCUUGGAGGGGGUGGGGCGGGAGGAUGGCAGGACUUCUUCCCAAUGCCAACAAACACCAGAAACUUGCACUACUUUGUGUCUGGUUUACCUGGGUGGCUUGGAGAUUGAGCCCUGGUCGGUUUGAACCAUCAUCUCCCCAGCCCCUCAAUACCCUUUCUAAGAUUUUUGUGAUACAUAUCAUAACUUGGAAAAGGUGCAUGUAUGUUAGGAAAGACAACAGAUGAACUGCUGUAUCUCCCCAGCCACGUUCCUCACCUCCUAUCCCUUAUCCCUGGGCCAGUCCACACUGUGUCUGUCAUAUGUGUUGGGAACAACAGUGCAAAUUCCAGAGUACCUGAUGGCAUCAUGGGUCCAUGUCACUCUACCCUUGGUUUAUUACAUGUCAUAAUAAAUCCAAUUUCUUUA